ACGAAGUUAGCUGCGUAUCAUCUACAAAGUGAAGUGCGUGCAUAUACUUUAUGCAAAUUUUGCACAAAGUGUAGACGCCAUUGGUGAAAAGUGCAGAUAUUUUGUGAAUUUCUCCCUGAUAAAACCAACGUAAGACUUCCAAAAGCGAACAUGGCUUAUCGCAACAAUCGCAACUUCGACCGUAACAGCUACGGUGGCUCUAUUAGCCGGAAUGUGGAUCCGUGGGAUACCACUAACGACUGGGGAAUGCGUGGCGGUGGCGGCGGCGGCGGCGGCAAUUACAUGGGCAACCAAAAUCAGUCCACGGAGGCCCUGGCGCUGGCCAAUAAUCUCAUCAACAACAUCCUGCGGGGCAGUCAGCCCCCUUCGUUGCUCGACUUGGCGCCCAAUGAUAUGCGCGGCGGCGGCGGAGGUGGUGGUUUUGGCGGCGGUUACGGCAGGGGCGGCGGCGGCGGCGGUGGCGGCUAUGACCGCUUCGAUGACCGCAUGGCCGGCAGAAUGAUGGGCAAUCGCAAUGCUGUAGCCAACCGCAAUCGACGUCCUGGCGCAAGUAGUGGUCCGCGCAACAAUAAGCCCAAUAAACCGGGCGGCAUUCGUAAACCCAAUGCCACUGAUCGCUCAAAGAAAGUUCUGGCUAAGAAUUCUAACAAUUCUAAAUCAACAAAAACGGACGACGAUACUAAUAAGAAUAAUGAGAGUGGUGAAGGAAAGGACGAAAAUGUGGAUGGCGAUCCACAGGAUUCGCUGUAUGCUGAUGUUCCGAGUGACAUGUUCUACUGUCAUAUGUGCAAGAAGCACAUGUGGGACUGUCUGUCCUUUGAGAAUCACAUCAAGGGACGUUCGCAUGCGAUGAUGAAGGAGGGCGUUGAGGAGAGCUAUCGCUUGCGCGCCACGAUGAUUCGUCAGGAGGCGAAGAUUGAGGAGCAGCUGAAGAGCAUUGAAAUUGAACGUUUGAAGCGCAUUGGGAAGAAUGUGAAGGCAACCAAUGUGCGUCGUGAGUACUGUACAAUGUGCGAUUUGCACUUCUACGGGCAUCUGUCGUCGCAUCGUAAAUCCGAGGGACAUUUGACACUCAAGAAAUUCCUCCAUCCUAAAUGCAAUGACUGCAGCAUGGAGUUCCCCACGAGGAUUGAGUACGAUGCCCAUUUGUUGGCACCCAAUCAUAUGAUUAAGGCCUCCAAGAGGGCUCAUCGGGCUGAGAAACGUCGGAAUCAACUGGUCAUCCAUGGAGAAGCUGAUGAGCUCAAGGAUUUGCGUGAGAAAGAGGAGAAACAUGAGAAGGAAACUACUGAGAAGACAGCAGAUGGAGAAGAGAAUGCUGAGGCAAAGGAAGGUGGUGGUGAGGAGAAUGCUGAGAAUCAGGAUGGGCAGACAGCACCGGCAGAAGUGAAGCCGGAAGCUGAGAAGGAACCGGAAAAUGUCAUUUUAGACUACAUUGAGGGUGUCACUGAGCUUCCGGCUGAGAUUGACAAUCGUAUUCCCAAGUACAAUUGUCAUCGUCAAUUGGGCAAGAGUUUAAUUGGGAAAUUGGAUUGCUAUGAAUGCCGUAUCUGUAACAGAUACUUCGAUACUGAAGCUACAGCAGAGAUUCAUACAAGAACUCUGUCACAUCACCGUCAGUUCAUCAAAUUCCUCAAUGAGAAAUGCAAUGAAGUGAAGAUUGCUGAGAAGCGUGCUGCUGCAACGCUUGAGAAUGAACGCAAGAAGCGAGCACGGAUUGAGCAAGUGGAGCAAAAUGGAAAGGCUCCCGAGAAGCCCAAGAUUGAUCCAUCAGAGCUCUAUGAUCCAUGCGAGGCCACUGAGGAUGAUGACAAACCGAAUGAUUCCCAGGAUGCAGACAUCACAGAUGCAGAAGUGAAAACUGAACAGGACUCUAUCAACCAAGGAGACACUACUAUGGAGUCCGUCAAGGAAGAGGCUGAAGAAGAGCCUGAGGCAGCAGAAGAUGAAAAACCAGCUCCAGAGCCCGUUGUAGAGGCGAAACCAGAGCCAAAGGCGCAACCGGCUAAGCAGCCGACAGCCCAGACGCCGCAGACGAAGCCGCAGCCACAGAAGCAGACUGCAACGCGAGGACGUCCAGCACAGCGUGCCUCCCCUCGUGGCCGCGGCCGUGGACGCUACAAUCGUUUUUAAGGUGGUCAAGAGGAAGAGACGAUUCCUCAUUAAAUUUCUAUUGCUUCGCAACUCGCCCUUUUGGGAGAUUUAAAAACAAACCUUUCAUAAUUGCACACAUUUUUUCAGCAUCUACAAGCAAGAGUUGUUGAAGUAUUUUAUUAGGAAGAGAUAGCAUGUGAGAUAAUUCACAUGAACUUCUAACAAACUAUUUUACAGCAAAAAUAAAAAAAAUAUAUAUAUAUAAAGGAAUAAUCUUACAAAAUAAUCACUACUUUUAAAUGUUUCUUUUCGUGUAGAUCGAUGUCGUGUCUCUCAAAUAAUAGACAAAAUAAAGAGAAUUGAACAAA